GCGGCAAUUUGGAUGUACGAGCUUGCACCGCACACCUUGGUUUUUAACGACUUGGGGCCUUGGUUCAGUAGGUUACGGCAAUAUUUUUCGAGAUAAAUAACUGCGUUUUUUAUGAAACCUCUAUUGACUGAUAUUGGGUCUCGCUUCUCAGAAAAUGACCUCUGGUGUCCGUUGGAUUCUCAGAAAGAUCACGUCGAGAAGUGACGUCAGUUUAUCCAGGGCAGAGAGGGACAGUAGACUGUGACACUAGCCAUGUUUUGACAUUAGCAAACUGUACUUCUUUCACUUCAGUCGUCAGGAAGAAGCUUAUAGCCUUGUUUUUUGGGGAAACCAGAUUAAUUUUUCAUUAACAUCGCCCAUGAGAGACUUGAAAUAUAUUAUGCAUACUCUGGAAGUGACCCACCCCACCCAGAAGUAUUCUUGAGCAUACGUAAUUUGAAUCUUCUGGAAUGAAGAGGAUAAUUUUCAAUUAUGGCUACCGUACAAGAUGGAGAUAUCGAUAGUUUAGUGUCUAGAAUAUAUCCAAAUAUUGAUUUUUUUGAACGUAGGAAGUUUAAGGAUAAACUUGUGGAAUAUCUAACUCAUGUAUCAGUACCAGCUGGCUGGGAAACUUGUGGAUACAGACUGUCCAAGGAACACCCCACAUACAAAUACCAUAAAAGGCUGCUGGAAAAUUUCAUGGAAGAGCAGAAAUUAGAAGAAGAAAAGCAGAAAUCAGCAAGCCUAACAAUAACAAAAACAACACCCGAAGAGUUUGUUGAACAACUCAAACAGUUUGUCAAGGUUGCAAAACAGAAUGACAGUUUUUCUGAGUUUUGUGAGGCAAGGUCUGCCCUGAUUGAUUUAUUUCAGGAAAACUUUAAGCUUUGCGGCGUUGUGAUACGGAAAUGUACAUACAAUGCAGACCAUUGUAAGGUGUCUGUGCUAAUAAAAGUACCUUGCAAGGCUCAAGAUGGCCAUUCAGCAUUGAUUGAGUAUGUCAUUGAUGUUAAAAACGAAUCUCUUAGAGGAUAUGAUCUCAAAGUUGGGGACAUUGUUGAAGUGUCACGAUGUUGGAGAAAGGAAGGAGUCGCAAUGGAACCAGAAGUGAUAAA